UUGAAACACGCAUCGUGAUGUCAUUUUGCUUGGUAUAAAAGAUAACCGCCGUCGACUUCUGGUCACAGUAUUCACAAAGUGAUCAAGAAAUAAAGACUCUACAUAAUCUCCGAAUCCUUCAAACACUUACAAUGGCCCUUGAACGACAAGUCCGCGCUAAGAUCCUCAGCAAACGGGAUCCUGAUCAGGAAAGUGAGGCCCAAGAGUGGAUCGAAUCCGUUCUCGGAGAAAAAUUCCCAGGAGUUCUUUACGAAGAUCUUCUCAAGGAUGGGACCGUUCUAUGCAGAUUGAUGAAUAAGCUGAAGCCGGGGGCCAUCGCUAAAAUCAACUCCUCAGGUGGUCAAUUCAAAAUGAUGGAAAAUAUUAACAAUUUCCUUCAAGCAAUUGAAAAAUAUGGAGUCUGCAAGAGUGAUCUUUUCCCAACUGUUGAUCUCUAUGAAGGAAAGGAUGUCUCAGCCGUGACAAGUCUGGGACGCACGACGUACCUUCACCCCGAAUGGACAGGACCAACUCUCGGACCCAAACCAUCUGAAGAAAACAAGCGAGAGUUUACCGACGAAGUUAUACAAGCCGGAAAGACAAUCAUUGGACUUCAAGCAGGACAAAACAAGGGUGCAAGCCAGGCAGGUCAGAAUAUGGGCGCAGGCAGAAAAAUCAUCUUAGGGAAGUAAAGCAUUCAGGAUUAAUAUUCACUGAACUACCGGAACUGAAACAAUGAGAUAAUAUUAUUACACUAUUCAUAACCCACCCUGAGAUACUAUUUGUGAAUGCGCAAUUUUUAUCAUACUACUAUUUAAUCAAUAAAGCAACUCACUGCCGACAAAA